GCAUACUGCUUUAUAUUAUUAUUUUUUCGUCUAUUUAUUUAAUAACUAUCGUCGUGGAUGCAGGCCACUCCCGUAGUCUGCUUUGCGCGCAGAGCCAGCCCAGCCAGACUUGUUGCCCGUUUUCGGCGGGGGAAGGCGGUGGUGGGGUUACCCUUAACAAAUUUUGGUUCCUGCAAAAACAACAUUAUUAUCAACAACCCCUCCUAUCGUUUCCUUUCCUACUUAAAGUCACCAGACUCAGACGACAUGGGUAAGGACAAAGACAACAAGGUUACAUUCAACCUCAAAACCCCUAAGGGCACGAGAGACUGGGCUGGCGCUGAUACUCUCAUCCGCGAUCGUAUCUUUUCCACCAUCACCAAUGUCUUUCGACGUCACGGCGGCACGGCACUCGAUACCCCCGUCUUCGAGCUCCGAGAGAUUCUGGCUGGCAAAUACGGCGAAGACUCCAAACUCAUUUAUGAUCUGCAAGAUCAAGGUGGUGAGCUCUGCUCGUUACGAUAUGAUUUAACUGUCCCCUUCGCACGAUGGCUGGCCAUGAACCCUGAGAUCCGCAGUAUUAAACGCUAUCACAUCGCCAAGGUCUACCGACGCGAUCAACCUGCUGUUGCAAAGGGUCGGAUGCGCGAGUUUUAUCAGUGCGAUUUUGAUAUUGCCGGCGCCAAUUUUGAUCCUAUGGUUCCUGAUGCAGAAGUUCUGAAGGUUAUCAAUGAAGUGUUUGAGGAUCUGGGUUGGCAAGGAAAGUUCACAAUCAAGAUUAACCACCGAAAAGUUCUCGACGGUAUGUUUGAAGUUUGUGGGGUGCCCCAGGACAAGAUUCGACCGAUUUCCAGUGCCGUGGAUAAACUUGAUAAACUCCCCUGGGCCGACGUUCGGAAAGAGAUGGUGGAAGACAAGGGACUCGACGCUGCAGCAGCAGACAAGAUUGAGAAAUAUGUCAGCAGGAAGGGACGGAAGGAUUUGCUGGAAGAGUUAUUAAAAGACGAAGACCUGAUGGCCAAUGCCGCCGCCAAGCAAGGUAUCGAAGAAAUGGGGCUUUUGAUGGACUAUCUCGAAGCAUUCGGCGUGCUUGACACUAUAUCCUUUGACCUCAGUCUGGCCCGUGGUUUGGAUUAUUAUACCGGAGUUAUUUAUGAAGUCGUCACAGAGGGCUCGGCACCAGUGACUGCGACAUCAGCCCCGGAAGCGAAGAACCUACAGAAAUCAGGAAAGAAGACCAAAUCCGCAACCGGCGAUGACGAUGAUCGGUCGAAUGACCCCACCGUUGGUGUGGGUAGUAUUGCAGCUGGUGGCCGAUAUGAUAACCUCGUCGGCAUGUUCUAUCCAAAGGCACAGAUCCCAUGUGUUGGUAUUUCUUUCGGAGUUGACCGUAUAUUCUCUAUCACAAAAGCUCGUAUGGAGAAAGAAAAGGCUGCUGAAAUGCGUAGCAGCGAGGUUGAUGUGUACGUGAUGGCCUUUGGAGGAAAGGGGUUCACUGGUAUGCUCAAGGAGCGUAUGGAAAUCUGCAAGACGUUGUGGGCAGCAGGUGUGAAGGCCGAAUUCUCAUAUAAACUCAAACCCAAACUCCCUCAACAAUUCAAAGCCGCCGAGACGUCAGGCAUCCCCUUUGGAGUGAUUCUCGGAGAAGACGAACUAGCCGCCGGGCAAGUCAAGAUUAAAGAAAUGGGUCUUCCGGAAGGCCACCCUGAAAAAGAAGGUGUAUCAGUCGAUAUCAAGAACCUGGUCGAGGAGAUCAAAAAACGAAUAAGCAAUAAGAAUAAAGGUAUUCAGGCGAGCGCCACUGUACUUCCGGAAUCUACAACAGCAGCAGUUGCAGAUUUGACCGUGAGUAGUGAUGCUGCUUCUGUGCCGAAGACGGAAGACGCAGGUGUUUAAUUAUGUAUGCCCUUUUCGUGGAUUUUGUUUUGCAUUUUUGCGCAUAUACCAUUAUUACAUUGAUUGUGAUGCAUUAUGAUGGGGUUCUUGUCUCAUACAUAAAAGUCGGAUGGAAACAUGCGCAGGAUAAAAUAGAUUUAUUUGAGUCUGAUAAUACAAAAAUGAAUACUCCACUUGUCAAAUCUAUUAUACAGUACUGUAAUAUACAAAGAAUACAAAUUAAUCCGCCUGCUUCAUAACAAAUCCCUUCAACCACGGCACGCGAUCAACAAGAUUCAAUCCUAAACUUCUCGCAACUGCCACCGGCCCAUUACCAGGGACAUUAUACACUUUGUGCAACAAAUCGCACAUCCCACCAAUCUUCGUAUUCGCAGCAUACCGCGCUGUCAUGUACGGUUCUAGAGCGAGGUGGUCACCUAUAUCCAUACCGUGGUUGACGGCGUAUUCGAUUGUGUUGCUGAGAGAUGCCACGU